CUUUUAACCGUGUUUUUGCGGUUGUUCUUGAGUUCAGAUGAGAACAGUGGCAAUGUGUUUCUCACUCUUGCAAGUUCCUAGAUGCAGAAUUCAUACCUUAGCUACUUCUUGGUGGGAAAGUUUUCACAAUUUAAGGACUAGUGGAGAUAGUUCUAGCCUGAGAAUUCUUGGUUCCAAUAUCUAUGGACCUGAAGGGGGACAUAGUAGGAGAUGGAAUAGACGACCUGUAACAGACAAAACUGAAGGAAGAAGCAAAAGCACUCUAAGCAGAAAAACGAGCAGCAUCAGUCAUCAAAUAUCCGAUAAAAGACAACCAGUAACCACAAAAACUGAUGGAAGAAACCCAAACACCUUAAGCAGUGAAACGAGCUGCAUCAGACAUGACAUAUCAGAUGGAACAAUUGCAAGGAACACUAAAUUAAUUGUAAAUGAGUCAGAAACAAGUCAAUUUGAAAGACUUGAAUUGUGUGAUAUUCAACAAAGCAUCACUGAGAACAAGGACUUGGCCAAACUUAUAACUGUUAUUGUUUUUGAUAUUGAGACCACCGGGCUUAGCAGAAAGGAUGGACGAAUUAUUGAGAUUGCACUGCGGGAUCUUUCAGGGGGUGAAAAUAGCACAUUCCAGACUCUAGUGAAUCCUGAGCGCUAUGUUCCAAAUUCACAUAUUCAUGGCAUUUCAACCCAUAUGGUCAACAGACCGGAUGUGCCAAGGUAUUCUAUUCUUCAAUUUCUAUUUCUUGCUAAAUCUUAA